GGGAGGGAGGUAAGAGACGCCACCGUCGAAGCGAGCGGCGAACGCGGCCCCCUCUCACGCUCUCACCUCCUUCAUCCACCUUCUUCCUCCUCCUUCCUCCUCGUCCACCAAAGUCGUCCUCCGUUCGACACCGACGACACCAUCCGGCGCUGUCGGCAAGAGGUUGCUUAUUAAGCUGACGAGCUCGCAAGGGAAACAAACCACAAAAACGACGAAGAGGCUGAAAAAAAACCCGGCUCGCACGAUCAUGAACGGCUGCAGCAGCGAUGACGCCGGCAGCGAUGCAAGCUCCGUCCACUUGGCGCAGCCCCCUCCAGCGCCGCCAACCAAGGAGAUGGUGGCGGCGCCGUGUGCAGCCUCCGGUGGCUGUGCCGUGCCGCCGGUCCCCGGGGAGAGCGAGGCAGAGGUGUCGUGUGGAGCCACCGAUGUCCCGGCCGCGUUGCCGAGUGCCAACGAGAGAGAAUCCGGCAAUGCCUCGACCGCCUUGGCCGCUCCGAACGAGGUCCCGACGACUGUCGCCGACGACCCAGCCGGUGCUGACAACGGGGACAGCAACUGGGUGAGAGCGGAGCAAGUGAGAGAAGGAGAGAAGCAGGUGGGAGAGAAGGAGGGAGAGCAGAGGGCAGGUGAGGAGCAGGUGGGUGAGGAGCAGGUGGUAGAGGAGCAAGUGGGAGUGGGAGAUAAGCAGGUGGGAGAGGAGCAGGGAGAAAUGGAGGAAGAAGAGAAGCAGGAGGAAGAAAAUCAGGAGGAAGAGGAUCAGGGAGAAGAGGAGCAGCCGGAAGAGGAGCAGCCGGAAGAGGAGCAGGCGGAAGGGGAGCAGGCGGAAGAGGAGCAGGCGGAAGAGGAGCAGCCGGAAGAGGAGCAGGCCGCAGAGGAGCAGGCGGGAGCAAAGCAGGAGGAAGAGAAGCCAGUGGCUGCAUCCCCCGCCGCGCGGCUCCAGGGAAAGACGGGCGGCACCAAGAGGGAAGAGCGGCCGGCGAAGGAGAGCCAGGGGAAGGGCGCCGGAGCGGCGGACGUGGGCAAGGGUGCCGAAGCGCCGGCAAAGGAUGGACAGCAGUUGUCUGCUGCCGAGAAGAAGAAGGCCAAGGGGCUCGGCAAGGAGAUCACUCUGCUGAUGCAAGCUCUCAACGCCCUGAGUACCCCUGAGGAGAAGCUCGCAGCCCUGUGCACCAAGUACACGCAGCUGCUGGAGGAGCACCGCGCCACGCAGAGGCAGCUCAAGGGGCUGGAGAAGAAGCACUCGGCGGCGUCACGUGAGCGCGACCACCUGCAGACGGAGCACGGCAAGGCGCUGUUGGCGCGCAGCAAGCUGGAGAGCCUGUGUCGCGAGCUGCAGCGGCACAACCGCACGCUGAAGGAGGAGAAUCUCCAGCGAGCGCGGGAGGAGGAGGAGAAGCGGAGGGAGGUGACGGCGCACUUCCAGGCGACGCUGAGCGAGAUCCAGGCGCAGAUGGGGCAGCACAAUGAGCGCAAUGCGCGCCUCAAGCAGGAGAACAUGGAGCUCGCGGACAAACUCAAGAAGCUCAUCGAGCAGUACGAGCUGCGCGAGGAGCACGUGAACAAGGUGUUCCGCAACAAGGACUUGCAGCAACAGCUGUCAGACGCCAAGCUGCAGCAGACCACCGAGCUGCUGGAGGUUUCCGGAGAGCAGCACCUGAAGGAGAAGGAGCUGCUCAUUAAACAAGUGACGGAGACGCAGAGGAGAUGCGAGCACAUGAAGCAACAAGAAAUUCAGCUCAAGCAACAGUUGGCGCUCUACACGGAGAAGUUCGAAGAAUUCCAGGGAACUCUGUCCAAGAGCAACGAGGUUUUCAACACCUUCCGCCAGGAGAUGGAGAAGAUGACGAAAAAGAUCAAGAAGCUGGAGAAGGAAACGAGUGUUUGGAGAACGCGGUGGGAGAGCAGCAACAAGGCACUGCUUGACAUGGUGGAAGAGAAAACACGGCAGGACCGCGAGAAGGAGGGGCUGAAUGCCAAGGUACAGAAGUUGGAGAAGCUGUGCCGCGCUCUGCAAAACGAGCGUAAUGAACUCAGCAAGCUCCAAGGCCCUGCCACCGGAGGAGAGGCCUCAAGCGCUGCCGAAGCCAACAGUGCUGCCGCUGAUGGUGCCGAUGCUGCUCCUGCUGCUCCUGCUGCCACAUCAGCCGCCGUCGCUACUCCCAGCAAAGAGAGCGACCUUCCCAACACUCCUCAACCUGACCCCUCCUCUAACCCCGAGGCCAACGGUGACCCCACGCUGGUUCCCACAGUUGGCGAACCACAGCAAACGGUUCCAGCUGAGCUUGCGGCUUCUGAGCCCAAACCGUGCGACCCCGCCGCCAAUACCGACCCCAGUGUCCCCGACUGUAAAGCCGACGACUCCAACCUUCAGACCAAACCAACUGACGGGCAGGACAACACUGCCACCGAUGAGUUGCCUCAGCCCUGUGACCCUCCCACUGACCAAAGUAUCCCAAGGGUAGAGCCUGUGGAAACGGCGGGGCUGGAGCAUCAACCCGAACCCGGGGAGAUCCAGACAUCCUCCGAGCCAGAAUCUGGGAAAGCCCAGACAUCUUGAGGUCUAACUGGAAUGCUUGUAAGAGAUUACAAAAGCAAAUGUUAAACCAAAAACUGCAUACUGAACAUGCAGUGUUGUUUUCCGUUUAUUUCAAAUGUGGUCCCACUGAGCCGUAUAAUUCCAUUAUUAUUUAAAGACUCCAAAUCAGCUUAAGAUUAUCUGCUUCCUUAUGUCUGAUGGCACUUGCCGCUUUGGUUUUAGGGAAAUGUAUUCAGGGCUUGGAAAAAGCAAAAUGAUCGCGCUUUCAAAUAUCACUUCUUUUGCUUAAGAACGGUGGACUUAACUGGCGCGCGUGGUGAAUGUCUCAUAUCUAAACAUAACCACUACCUCUUUACAGAUUCUGUUUGCUAUACUUAUAAGGGUGGUGGCAGCUGGUCAGGACUGCACCUUUCCCCAAUUCAACCAUCUUAAAUGUAAACUCAGAAGGGACUGCGACAAGGUGCUAACAUGCCAGAGUUGACACGAGGCUUGUUUAAACUUUCCGCAUCACUGCCUUGUCCACGCAGUAGUGCCACUGACAUGCACAAACAAGCACAUGCUCACCCCACGAAACGUGCUUCCACCACAUUUGCUGUGGGUUGUUCCAAGAUCCAUUCUGAAAGGUGCACUCAUUGUCUAAGCACAUCCUUAAGAGGAAAAAAACACUUUGGAGAAACGUGUGGAUGUUAAGGUUGGUGCUCUUGCACAUCUGUCAUUGCCCUGCCUACUGACACGGUCUUCUAUUUUGUACCAAGGGUCCUCGUGCGUUCAUAUUUUACUCGUGAAAUUGCAUUCCUUAGUUCAAUAAAAGAUGUUAAUCUA